AUGAUCUUCUACAUAGCUGAUCGACGGUUCUUCUACGGUACUUCGAAUGAAUUCGAGAUGAAGACUUUCAGAUACUCCGCCAAAGAUUUACUGCGUUUGCGCCGUACGCACUCGCCUGCCAAAGAGGUUCCCUAUAAACUCGGUCAAAGAGUUGACGAAGACCAUGAAUUGGGAGAAAUCAUUCGUACCGAACCUGCACGCUCGCUAUCCCUUAUCGUUGAGGAGAGCGGCGGUUCUAGUGACUCAGAUGAUCGACAUCGCCAAGGCGCUGUUCAGCAGCUUGAUGGUACCGACUCGGAGCGCAAGUAUCGAAUUCGAAGCGAUUCUGAGCUCGAACGGGCACCUAUGGUGGCACCAGCCGACCUUUCCAGCCAGAAAUCAAAGGGCUUUCAGAAGUUCUACAACUCCGUCGUCUCUCCUACUCAUGUACGAGUCACUGCUGGCGGUCGAAUCGUGCCCAAUACUCGUGGGCCGCAGUCUCCCACAUCAAAGUGGAAUCGAGAACGCAGCUCGCUCGACGGUCAGCCGCAUGCCCGCACUAUGAAUGGCAAUCAGUCUGAGGGUUUUGCCUAUCCUGUUUUACCUCCCAGUUGGGGACACAUGACUGCCAUGGCUCCUCCCCAAGCACCAGGUACUAUGCCUGGGAUGACUAUGAGACCCCCUGAAGGCUACACUUUCAUGGCACCUCCUGCUAUGGGCUACAACAUGGCUGCUGUCCCUUACAACCAGUUCCCUCCUUCUGGUGUUCCUCUUCCACACCCAAGCCAAGCUAGCUAUUUCAGUAAGCCUCCUGAGGCGGGUAUGGAACCUGCACGAAACGUCCACCUCUCGCCGGUAGAGCAGUUUGAUCCUACACGACCAUUCUUCUUCAAUGGGCAGUGGUUGGUUGCAAACGGAAACACGUUGUAUCCCAUCAACAUGCCUCCCCAGAUGGGUUUUAUUCCCACACAUAUGCCUAACCAACCCGCCUCUCGCUCAAGUGGUGACUUUAUCGUUCCCUCGUCAAAGUAUACCCGCGUGUCUUCGCGACCGCUCGACCCGUCGCCUAUCACCUUGCAGACUACUGCGGAUGAUAUGUCUCGCUCUACCAGUCCUCCCUAUUCGUCAAUUCGUCCCAGUUCCAUCACUCAGAAGCAGCUCGAGGUUCUUCGCAGUCAAAAGAGGUAUCAUCAAGAUCAGCUUCAAUACAAUAAGCACCAAAUCGAUCUUCAAGACAUGGAGGAUCGGCUUCAAAAGAUCUGUCUCGAGAUUGAGAAGUUUGAGCGCUCGUAUGCCACACAGAUUGAAUUUGAGGCCAGACACUACCCCAAGCUUGAAUCUGUGGGUGAGGCCAACUCAAACUCAUCCACUGACUACCCUCAUAGUCGUAGUGAUUCUGAUACCCCUGUCGCUGUUAACACAAUGUCGAACCCGGGCCUGGGAACUCAACCGCAUACCAACAGGACGCAGGUUCACUCUGUGAGUAGUCUCAGUCCAUCGAAGCCGGCUGCGACGGUUGCUUCGGCCAAGAACCCCAAUAACACUUUGGAGAACAAUGGACAGCAACGAAAGCCUUCAAGCCUUCCAGUAAAUGCUGCUCUGGCACCAGUCUUCCAGCCUCGAUCAGAAAUGAAUGACUCUUUCGUCGCGACUGACCAGAUUGAUGAAUCCGCACGUUCUCGGCACUGGGAGAGCAUGUACAAGGGCGCUGCCUCUUGGCGAUCGUCUUAUUUCACCAAGGAAAUCGAGGCCGAGAACAAUUUGGGCCAUCCCUAUCUCGUGGGCAAGCUCAAGCCAGGAGUCCUGCCACAAGACGCCCGGCGUAAUGACUACACCUACGACCGUGAGCUGACAGCAGAUGAAGAGCGUGCUCGAUACAUCUACUGGGAAAAGACACCUCACUAUUUCCAAGACGGCCUUCCCAAGUAUGAUGGCAAGGACUUCUAUCACGCUCCCAUUGUCAAGGAAAAUCCUGUGCGUGCUGGCGAAACUGCCUCUCGAAACCUGUCCAACCCGGUCGAGACGCGACCAUCAUCGAUAAAGUCCGGAAGUGCGGGACCAUUCCAUACUGUAGGUCAUGCCGCCAGAGGUUCUGUUCGCCAGAGGUUCGAGGAGGCCACUCGGUCUGAGUCGUUACACCGUACUAAUGACUCCCUCUGUGCGAGCUCCAGCUCCGAGUUUCCUCGCUCUGAGUCUCACGCUGUUCACGCUGGCUCCCGGUACCUAGAUUUUCGUCUUGCCAUCGAUGAGAAUGCGCAAGUCUCCAAUGGAAAAUUCCACGUCAAAGUCUCCGACGACUCGGGUGAGGAAGAGGGUAGUCUGAUCUUUAAAGGGCGCCGAGUAAAGGAUCGCGCUGCCAGCAAAUAUCCAAGUGAUAUCUGGUCGACCAUGCGCAAGAAAGGCAAAACGAGUGCCAAUGUGGUUGCUGGUCAGGUCUCGCCGAUGACAGCCCAAGGUGUGCUUCCUCACUAUUCGGGUCAUGCCACUGCAUCCCUGACUCCAACCAUCACCACCAACUCUCGUGGCCAGUCUGUCAGACAUGGCGAUAUAAACUGCUCCCCUACAAUUCAUCCUACUCUUGGAAGACGUGAGGAGAACAGGCCCCCUCUCGAGCUUCUUGACCGGCAGCUCCGCAGCGUUAGCUUCCAUGACGGCAACCAGCACACGGUUUCGACUCGCUGA